AUGAUCCUCCAAGUUACAGUCGACCUUGACCAUGAAUAUAUGAUGCAGCUGCUUGCUCUUUGCAGCUCCCGGCGGUCAGAAGUAGCAGAGCACCAGGGGAAUUACCGGUGCUCCCAUCCAGGUGCUAUGGCGCUCAUCUACAAGCUCCACUACCGCCGAACUUUUAUCGACAUGGAUGAAGAGCCGUGGCACAGCCCGAGGGCACGCGCUGCUAGCUGUCCUCCGAGCAUGCGAGAGGGCGAAGAAUCAAAUGAGGAGCAGGAGGAGUCAAAGGCCCACGAGCUCUAUUUAGAGAAGGUGGUUCGCGAGGCAUCCAAGUUCCAUGCCCGGCGCAGCCGCGGAAGCAUCGGCCACCCCGAAGUCUGCCGCCGGCCUUGUGUCUUUUUGGCGGCCGGGCGCUGCGGCCAAGGAGAGAACUGCGGGUACUGUCAUUGUGAGCAUAACGAACCACGAGCCCGCCCGGACAAAAAGCAAAGAGCCGCACUUCAAGGCCUGCAGCAGGACGACCUUUUUGCUGUAGUGCUGCCACAUCUCCAGGUACGUGCAGAGCUACCGCAGCUUCGAGGCAAAGCCACGCAGCUUCUGCGGAUCGUGGAGGACAUCUCCGUCACCACGAGCCCCUGCGCGAGCCCUUCUGCAAGCUCGAGCUGUACGAGCUCCAGCACACUUUCGGACAGCAAGCUGAAGUCCCUCAACAAAACGCUGGAGCGAAUGACCUUUUCAGGCUUGGUAGCACUACUUUGUGAGAGUAUUGCCAAAGGCAACACUCGAGAUGAGCUGCUGCAAGCUCUGGAGGAUAUGCGUGCUCAGUGCGACAUUCCUCCAUGA